GGAAAGCUUUAUAAUAGGCAUACACUAUACUAGAUCAAUGCCAUAAGAUGUAUCUUCAUCGUUUCAAGUUGUGGUCCGUUUUUCUGAUUGGAUUUGGAAUUGGUUUUCUUUUUGCAUUGGUCUUCUUUUUUGCUCAGAAUUAUGUAUUUAAUAAUAUUUGCACAACACCUUUGCCAAACUUCCACUCCUCCAGCAGAAACGUCCUUUUCAAAUGGUUCAUGUCUGACACUAAUAAAAAGACUACCUUCCAAACUUGGAAUGAUUCAAUGAACAAAACAGAAAAUGUAUCAUAUAAUAAAUGGCUGGAAAUUCAGAAGAUGGAAUUGAAUAACAUUGGUAUGGACUCUUAUCUUUAUGGGCCUGAUAGUGAGGAGGAAUUGGAAGCAAAUUGGUUGACGUCAAAAGUUCACAUUACCUGUGUAGUCUUUGUAAAGAAAAUCAAACUGGCCAGAUCUAUCCAAAACACUUGGGGAAAACGGUGUAACAAGAUUUAUUUUUUUGGUCAGGAGAAAGACUCCGAAGCACCUAUCAUUAAUUUCCAAAUAAAAAUAGUAUCUUCAUGGCAGCUGUUGUGUGAAUCCUUUAACUAUAUUUGGAGGAACAAUGGAGCCUCUGAGUGGCUUAUAUUUGUGAAGGAUGACACAUUAGUCAUUCCUGAGAAUUUGCGCUACAUGCUUGCCCCACUGAAUCACUUCCAGGACCAUUAUCUAGGUCAUGCUACCAUUAUGUGGGGACAGCCUUACAAUGUAGCAGAUGCAGGAUAUGUGAUUAGUAUGGGAGUUCUUAGAAAGCUAAUUAAAAUGUUUGAUAACUCAGAGAAGUGUGUGACUGGUGGGAAGUAUUGGAAGCAGGAAGAUUAUUAUCUUGCCAAACAUUUGGCUUCUAUGGGGAUUUAUCCUUCUGAUACCAGGGAUCAGUACUUGAGGGGUACAUUUCAUGGUUACCCUUUGCACUCAUUGUUAUGGGGUGUAGUUAAAGCAGGUGUUUAUUGGACUCGUGCAUUAUACCCCAUAAAGGACACUGAAUGCUGUUCCUUCUCUACUGUUACCUUUAACAUUGGUGAUUCUGAAAAAAUGCAUAUAUUGAACUAUUUAUUAUACCAUUUGCAAGUUCUGAAUACUGAGGCUGCUUUUGGAAGUAGAAAAGCAGCUACCUCUGUACCUGAUGAAGAUGUGUGGAAAAUUGCACUGAAAGAGGAGUUCAACAUUACACAUUUAAACAAUAUCAGCAGUGAAGUUUAUUAUGAGAUAUGGCACGCGAAAUACCCGGAGCCAGAGCAAUUAAUCAACAAGAUUUACAGGGCUAAAGACUAGCUUUUCUUUUUAUAAAUUUUAUACAUUUUAGAAUCGAAAGGUGCUACUAAUCUGACAAGCAUAAUUGUACUGUGCAGAGCUGUUAAGUUGGCAGACGGAAGGAAUGCGGGUCUCAUCGGUGUAGCGGAUAUAUUCAUACAGUAAGAUCACACACAUUUUUAUUAUUGGCCGAAACGGUCACAUCUGGUAAUUCAUCGCAUGACGGUGAGCAUCAAAGGUAGAGCAAACGGCAUACUCCCCUUGCCCCUGUGCUGUCCCGACUGCCAACUUACCAGCUCUGCACAGUAUAUAGCUCAAAAAAUUGCGUAACAUUUUUUACCGAAGCGCAACAAUUAUAUUAAUAUAAUGUUACCUGUACGUCUGACAUAGAUUAAUAAUCGUUAUUUGAAUUGUUUAAAGACCUUUUAUGAGUGACUAAAUAUUUAUUAGGACCUCUAGAUUUUAUAUACAUGACACUCUUUUAGUACUAAUAUGUAUCGUUGAUACGACUAAUGUGAAGGGGUGUCGUUUCUGAUAACUGUUUCCCUUGUUACACCAUCGUUGCCUUAUCUGACUAAUUAGGCACUUAUUAACGCUUUUAAUAGCCGUGAUAACUGAAUCAUGACGCAGCUUCAAAAAUGUGUCAAGAAUAAUGUGAAAUGAUACGCUUUGAAUGUGAUCUGUUUCUGAAUAGUGAAAAUGUGUAACAUCAAGGUAUUUCUAG